CCCCACGGGGAGGAGGAGGAGCCGCGGCGGGGCCCGCACUGCAGCGCUAGCGUCUUAGCUGGCGGCUGAGCUCCUGGAGCGACCUAGCCCUGAGCGCGGAGCGGGCGUCGCGCAGCAGCAGACCGUGGCCCUAGUCCUAUUCUGCCCCGCGCCAGCCAUGCAGUCCGCGGGCCCCGCCUGAGCCGCGGCCUCCGCGCGCGGGCGGGCCUGGGGCCGGCGGGGCCAUGCGCGCACUACCCUGACGAUGCCGCCCGCCGCGCCCGCCCGCCUGACGCUGGCCCUGGGCCUGGGCCUGUGGCUCGGGUCGCUGGCGGGGGGCUCCGGGCGCGGCUGCGGGCCUUGUGCGCCCCCCUGCCUCUGCGGCCCGGCUCCCGGCGCCGCCUGCCGCGUCAACUGCUCGGGUCGCGGGCUGCGGACGCUCGGGCCCGCGCUGCGCAUCCCCGCGGACGCCACGGCGCUAGACGUGUCCCACAACCUGCUUCAGGCGCUGGACGUCGGGCUCCUGACGAACCUCUCGGCGCUGGCAGAGCUGGACAUAAGCAACAACAAGAUUUCCACGUUAGAAGAAGGACUGUUUGCUAAUUUAUUUAAUUUAAGUGAAAUAAACCUGAGUGGGAACCCGUUUGAGUGUGACUGUGGCCUGGUGUGGCUGUCACGGUGGGUGAAGGAGCAGCAGGUGCAGGUGGUGCAGCCCGAGGCGGCCACGUGCGCUGGACCUGUCUCUCGGGCUGGCCAGCCUCUGCUCAGCAUCCCUUUGCGGGACAGUGGCUGUGGUGAGGAGUAUGUCGCCUGCUUCCCUGACAACAGCUCGGGCACCAUGGAAGCAGUGGCCUUUUCACCUGCCCACGAGGGCCUGCUGGAGCCUGAGGCCUGCAGCGCCUUCUGCUUCUCUACUGGCCAGCACCUUGCAGCCCUUUCAGAGCAGGGCCAGUGCCUGUGCGGAGCGGCAUCCCCCAAUGUCUCCUCUGCCUGCCUGGCUCUCUGCUCCAGUCCUCUGCCACCCCCUGCCCCUUCCUGUGGGGGCCCCACCCUCCUCCAGCAUGUCUUCCCCGCCUCCUCAGGGGCUGCCCUGGUGGGGCCCCAUGGACCCCUGGCCUCUGGCCAGCCAGCAGCCUUCCACAUUGCCGCCCCCCUCCCCAUCACUGCCACACACUGGGACUUCGGGGAUGGCUCCCCCAAGGUGGAUGGUGCAGGCCCGGUGGCCUUGCACCGCUACGUGCUGCCUGGGCGCUAUCGCGUGACAGCUCUGCUGGCCCUGGGGGCCGGCUCAGCCCUGCUGGAGACAAACGUGCAGGUGGAAGCAGUACCUGCCGCCCUGGAGCUUGUGUGCCCAUCCUCAGUGCAGAGUGACGAGAGCCUCCAACUCAGCCUCCGGAACCGUGGUGGCUCAGGCCUGGAAGCCACCUACAGCAUCGUGGCCUUGGGUGAGGAGCCUACCCGAGUGGUGCACCCGCUCUGUCCCUUGGACACAAAGAUCUUCCCUGGCAAUGGGCACUGCUACCGCCUGGUGGUGGAGAAGGCGGCCUGGCUGCAGGCACAGGAGCAGUGCCGGGCCUGGGCCGGGGCCGCCCUGGCCAUGGUGGACAGUCCUGCUGUGCAGCGAUUCCUGGUCUCCCAGGUCACCAGGAGCCUGGACGUGUGGAUUGGUUUCUCGGCUGUGCAGGGGGCGGAGGUGGGCCCAGCACCGCAGGGCGAGGCCUUCAGCCUGGAGAGCUGCCAGAACUGGCUGCCUGGGGAGCCACACCCAGCUACCGCCGAGCACUGCGUCCGGCUGGGGCCCACUGGAUGGUGCAACACCGACCUUUGCUCAGCGCCGCACAGCUACGUCUGUGAGCUGCGGCCCGGAGGUGUGUGGGGCCCAGGCCCAGUGCAGGAUGCCGAGAACUUCCUCGUGGGAGCGCCCAGUGGGGACCUGCAGGGACCCCUGAUACCUCUGGUGCAACAGGAUGGCCUCUCGGCCCCGCGUCAGCCUGUGGAGGUCAUGGUAUUCCCGAUCCUGAGUCUUAGCCAAGAAGCCUUCCUCACCACAGCAGAAUUUGGGACCCAGGAGCUCCUGCAGCCUGCCCAGCUGCGCCUGCAGGUGUACCGGCCCCUCAGCACAGCAGGGACCCCGGAGAACGGCAGUGAGCCUGAGAGUGGGUUCCUGGAUAACAGGACCCAGCCGGCCCCCGAGUGCAUGCCAGGGGGACGCUGGUGCCCUGGAGCCAACGUCUGCCUGCCGCUGGAUGCCUCCUGCCACUCCCAGGCCUGUACCAACAGCUGCACGUCAGGGCCAGUGCUCCCCAAGGCCCACUACACGCUAUGGAGGGAGUUCCUCUUCUCCGUUCCCGCGGGGCCCCCCGCACAGUACUCGGUCACCCUCCGUGGCCAGGAGGUCCUCAUGCUCCCCGGUGACCUCGUGAGCUUGCAGCACGACGCUGGCCCUGGUGCCUUCCUGCACUGCCCACUGGCUUCCAGCAGCCCUGGUCUCCAAGCCCCGUACCUCUCUGCCAACGCCUCGGCCUGGCUGCCCCACCUGCCCGCCCAACUGGAGGGCACUCGGGCCUGCCCUGCCUGUGCCCUGCGGCUGCUUGCGGCCACAGAGCGGUUCAUUGUGCUGCUGGGCCUCAGGCCGAACCCUGGGCUGCAGCUGCCCGGGCGCUAUGAGGUCCGGGCUGAGGUGGGCAAUGGCGUGUCCAGGCACAGCCUGUCCUGCAGCUUCAACGUGGUCUCCCCAGUGGCUGGGCUGCGGGUCAUCGCCCCUGCCCCGCACAAUGGCCACCUCUACGUGCCCACCAAUGGCUCAGUCUUGGUGCUCCAGCUGGACUCUGGUGCCAACGCCACGGCUAUGGCUCGCUGGGCUGGGGGCAAUGUCAGCGCCCGCUUUGAGGCCGCCUGCCCUGCCCUGGUAGCCACCCUCGUGCCCGGCUGCCCCUGGGAGACCAAUGAUACCCUGUUCUCAGUGAUAGCGCUGCCCUGGCUGAGUGAGGGGGAGCAUGUGGUGGAAGUCGUUGCGGAAAACAGCGCCAGCCGGGCCAAUCUCAGCUUGCAGGUGACAGCGGAGGAGCCCAUCUGUGGCCUCCGAGCUACGCCCAGCCCUGAGGCCCGUGUGCUGCAGGGAGUCCUAGUGAGGUACAGCCCAGUGGUGGAGGCGGGCUCGGACGUGGUCUUCCGGUGGACCAUCAAUGACAAGCAGUCCCUGACUUUCCAGAACAUAGUCUUCAAUGUCAUUUAUCAGAGCGCAGCGGUCUUCAAGCUCUCACUGACGGCCUCCAACCAUGUGAGCAAUGUCACCGUGAACUACAAUGUCACCGUGGAACGGAUGAACAGGAUGCAGGGCCUGUGGAUCUCCACGGUGCCGGCUGUGCUGCCCCCUGAUGCCUCGCUGCUGCUGACGGCGGGUGUGCUGGUGGACUCGGCUGUGGAGGUGGCCUUCCUAUGGACCUUUGGGGACGGGGAGCAGGCCCUCGGCCAGUUCCAGCCUCCGUACGAUGAGUCCUUCCCGGUUCCAGACCCUUCGGUGGCCCAGGUGCUGGUGGAGCACAACGUCACGCAUACCUACACUGCCCCAGGUGAGUACAUCCUGACCGUGUUGGCAUCCAACGCCUUUGAGAACUUGACGAAGCAGGUGCCUGUGAGCGUGCGUGCCGCCCUGCCCUCGGUGGCUGUGGGUGUGAGCGACAGCGUCCUGGUGGCUGGCCGGCCCAUCACUUUCUACCCACACCCGUUGCCUGCGCCUGGCGGUGUCCUGUACAUGUGGGACUUCGGGGAUGGCUCCCCGGUCCUAACGCAGAGCCAGCCGGCCACCAACCACACCUACGUCUCAAGGGGCACCUACCGUGUACGCCUGGAGGUCAACAACACGGUGAGCAGUGCGGUGGCCCACGCAGACGUGCGCGUCUUUGAGGAGCUCCGUGGGCUCAGCGUGGACAUGAGCCUGGCCGUGGAGCAGGGCGCCCCUGUGGUGGUCCGUGCCACGGUGGAGACGGGUGACAAUAUCACAUGGACCUUUGACAUGGGGGAUGGCACCGUGCUGUCGGGCCCCGAGGCCACUGUUGAGCACGUGUACCUGCAGGCACAGAACUGCACGGUGACUGUGGGCGCGGCUAGCCCCGCCGGCCGCCUGGCUCGGAGCCUGCAGGUGCUGGUCUUCGUCCUGGAGGUGCUGCGCAUCGAACCCACCACCUGCAUCCCCACACAGCCCGACGCGCGGCUCAAGGCCUAUGUUACCGGGGACCCAGCCCACUACCUCUUUGACUGGACCUUCGGGGACGGUUCCUCCAACACCACUGUGCAUGGGCGCCCGGAGGUGACGCACAACUUCACGCAGAGCGGCACAUUCCCCCUGGCACUUGUGCUGUCGAGCCGCGUGAACAAGGCACAUUACUUCACUAGCAUCUGCGUGGAGCCCGAGGUGGGCAACGUCACCCUGCGGCCAGAGAAACAGUUCGUGCAGCUAGGGGUCGAGGCCCGGCUGGAGGCAUGCGUCUGGCCUCCGUUCCCCUACCGCUAUGCCUGGGACUUUGGCACCGAGGAAGCCACCUCUGCCCAUGCUGGGGGCCCCAGGAUGACGUUCACCUACCGAGAUCCAGGCUCCUAUCUGGUGACAGUCACCGUGUCCAACAAUGUCUCUGCUGCCAACGACUCGGCCCUGGUGGAGGUGCAGGAGCCUGUGGUGGUCACAGACAUCAAGGUCAAUGGCUCCCUCGUGCUGGAGCUGCAGCAGCUGUACCUGUUCUCCACUGUGGGUCGCGGGCGACCUGCUAGCUACCUGUGGGAUCUGGGGGACGGUGGGCAGCUUGAGGGUCCUGAGGUUACCCACGCCUACAACAGCACUGGCGACUUCAUUGUCAGAGUGGCUGGCUGGAAUGAGGUGAGCCGCAGCGAGGCCUGGCUCAAUGUGACGGUGAAGCGGCGAGUACGGGGGCUUGUCAUCAAUGCCAGCCGCACGGUGGUGCCCCUGAAUGGCAGCGUGAGCUUUAGCACCUUGCUGGAGGCCGGCAGUGAUGUGCACUACUCCUGGGUGCUCUGUGACCGCUGCACACCUAUCCCUGGGGGCCCUACCAUGUCCUACACCUUCCGUUCGGUGGGCACCUUCAGUGUGAUUGUCACAGCUGAGAAUGAGGUGGGCUCUGCCCAGGACAGUAUCUUCAUCUAUGUCCUGCAGCUUAUCGAGGGGCUGCAGGUGGUGGGUGGUGGCGGCUGCUUCCCCACCAACCACACAGUGCAGCUGCAGGCCGUGGUCCGGGAUGGCACCAACAUCUCCUACAGCUGGACUGCCUGGCGGGAGGGGGGCCUGGCCCUGUCUGGCAGUGGCAGAGCCUUCUCACUCACCACGCUUGAGGCCAGCACUUACCAUGUGCAGCUGCGGGCCACCAACAUGCUGGGCAGCGCCUGGGCCGACUGCACUGUGGUCUUCGUGGAGCCUGUGGGGGGACUGAUGGUGGCCGCUUCCCCGAACCCAGCUGCCAUCAACACGAGUGUCACCCUCAAUGCUGAGUUAGCUGGCGGCAGUAAUGUCCUAUACACUUGGUCCUUGGAGGAGGGACUGAGCUGGGAGACCCCUGAGCCGUUUACCACCCACAGUUUCCCCAAGCCUGGCUUGCACUUGGUCACCGUCAUGGCAGGGAACCCGCUGGGCUCGGCCAAUGCCACCAUGGAAGUGGCCGUGCAGGUGCCUGUCAGUGGCCUCAGCAUCAGGGCCAGCGAGCCGAGUGGCAGCUUCGUGGCAGCUGGCUCCUCUGUGCCCUUCUGGGGGCAGCUGGCCACGGGCACCGAUGUGAGCUGGUGCUGGGCUGUGCCUGGUGGCGGCAGCAAGCACGGCCCGCAUGUCACCAUGGGCUUCCCAGAAGCUGGUGCCUUCUCCAUUCGGCUCAACGCCUCCAACGCAGUCAGCUGGGUCUUGGCCACACACAACCUCACAGUGGAGGAGCCCAUCGUGGGCCUGGUGCUGUGGGCCAGCAGCAAGGUGGUGGCGCCUGGGCAGCUCGUCCACUUUCAGAUCCUGCUGGCUGCUGGUUCAGCUGUCACUUUCCGCCUGCAGGUGGGUGGGGCCAGCCCCGAGGUGCUCUCUGGGCCCCGUUUCUCCCGCAGCUUCCCCCACGUCGGAGACCACGUGGUAAGUGUGCAGGGCGAGAACCAUGUGAGCUGGGCCCAGGUGCAGGUGCGCAUCGUGGUGUUGGAGGCUGUGAGUGGGCUGCAGGUGCCCAACUGCUGUGAGCGGGGCAUUGCCACAGGCACUGAGCGGAACUUUACAGCCCGCGUGCAGCGCGGCUCUCGGGUCGCCUACGCCUGGUACUUCUCGCUGCAGAAGGUCCAGGGUGACUCACUGGUCAUCCUUUCGGGUCGCGACGUCACCUACACGCCUGUGGCCGCAGGGCUGCUGGAGAUCCAGGUGCGAGCCUUUAACGCCCUGGGCAGCGAGAACCGCACACUGGUGUUGGAGGUCCAGGAUGCCAUCCAGUAUGUGGCCCUGCGGAGCAGCCCCUGCUUCACCAACCGCUCAGCGCAGUUUGAGGCCACCACCAGCCCUAGCCCCCGGCGCGUGGCAUACCACUGGGACUUUGGGGAUGGGGCCCCAGGACAGGACACAGAUGAGCCCAGGGCCGAGCACACCUACCUGAGGCCCGGGGACUACCGUGUGCAGGUGAAUGCCUCCAACCUGGUGAGCUUCUUCAUGGCGCAGGCCACAGUGACUGUCCAGGUACUGGCCUGCCGAGAGCCAGAGGUGGACGUGGCCCUGCCCCUGCAGGUGCUCAUGCGGCGUUCCCAGCGCAACUACCUGGAGGCCCACGUCGACCUGCGCAACUGUGUCACCUAUCAGACCGAGUACCGCUGGGAGGUGUACCGCGCUGCCAGCUGCCAGCGGCCAGGGCGCACAGCUCGUGUGGCCCUGCCUGGUGUGGACGUGAGCCGGCCUCAGCUGGUGCUGCCGCGGCUGACACUGCCCGUGGGCCACUACUGCUUUGUGUUUGUGGUGUCAUUUGGGGACACGCCGCUGGCACAGAGCAUCCAGGCCAACGUGACGGUGGCCCCCGAGCGCUUGGUGCCCAUCGUUGAGGGUGGCUCGUACCGUGUGUGGUCGGAUACACAGGACCUGGUGCUGGAUGGGAGUGAGUCCUAUGAUCCUAACCUGGAGGAUGGUGAACAGACGCCCCUCAGCUUCCACUGGGCCUGCGUGGCUUCGACACAGAGGGAGGCUGGUGGGUGUGCACUGAACUUUGGGCCCCGAGGGAGCAGCAUGGUCACCAUUCCCCGGGAGCGGCUGGCGGCCGGCGUGGAGUAUACCUUCAGUCUGACUGUGUGGAAGGCUGGCCGCAAGGAGGAGGCCACCAACCAGACGGUGCUAAUCCGGAGCGGCCGGGUGCCCAUUGUGUCCUUGGAGUGCGUGUCCUGCAAGGCACAGGCUGUGUAUGAAGUGAGCCGAAGCUCCUACGUGUACCUGGAGGGCCGCUGCCUCAACUGUAGCAGCGGUUCCAAGCAAGGGCGCUGGGCGGCACGCACCUUCAGUAACAAGACGCUGGUGCUGGACGAGACUACCACGUCCACGGGCAGUGCAGGCAUGCGGCUGGUGCUGCGGCGGGGUGUGCUGCGGGACGGCGAGGGCUACACCUUCACGCUCACCGUGCUAGGCCACUCUGGCGAGGAGGAGGGCUGCGCCUCCAUUCGCCUGUCCCCCAACCGCCCGCCGCUGGGGGGCUCAUGCCGCCUCUUUCCCCUGGGUGCUGUGUAUGCCCUCACCACCAAGGUGCACUUCGAAUGCUCGGGCUGGCAGGAUGCGGAGGACGCCAGCGCCCCACUGGUGUACGCCCUGCUGCUGCGGCGCUGUCGCCAAGGCCACUGCGAGGAGUUUUGUGUCUAUAAGGGCAGCCUCUCCAGCUAUGGGGCCGUGCUGCCUCCGGGCUUCAGGCCACACUUCGAGGUGGGCCUGGCUGUGGUGGUGCAGGACCAGCUUGGAGCCGCUGUGGUCGCCCUCAAUAGGUCUCUGGCCAUCGUUCUUCCAGAGCCCAACAGCAGCGCAGUGGGGCUCACAGCCUGGCUGCACGGGCUCACAGCCAGUGUGCUCCCGGGGCUGCUGCGGCAGGCUGACCCCCAGCACGUCAUCGAGUACUCGCUGGCCCUGGUCACCGUGCUGAACGAGUACGAGCAGGCCCUGGACACGGCAGCAGAGCCCGAACAUGAGCGGCAGCGCCGAGCCCAGAUACGCAAGAACAUCACAGAGACCCUGGUGUCCCUGCGGGUCCACACUGUGGACGACAUUCAGCAAAUCGCUGCUGCGCUGGCCCAGUGCAUGGGGCCCAGCAGGGAGCUCGUGUGUCGCUCGUGCCUGAAGCAGACACUGCACAAGCUGGAGGCUAUGAUGCGGAUCCUGCAGGCGGAGACCACCACAGGCACUGUCACGCCCACCGCCAUUGGAGACAGUAUUCUCAACAUCACAGGAGACCUCAUCCACCUGGCCAGUUCCGAUGUGCAGGGGCCGCAGCCCUCGGAGCUGGGGGCCGAGCCGCCAUCAAGGAUGGUGGCAUCCCGGGCCUACAACCUGACCUCCUCCCUCAUGCGCAUCCUCAUGCGCUCCCGUGUGCUCAACGAGGAGCCCCUUACGCUGGUGGGUGAGGAGAUUGUGGCCCAGGGCAAGCGCUCGGACCCCGGGAGCUUGCUGUGCUACGGCAGUGCCCCAGGCCCCGGCUGCCACUUCUCCAUCCCCGAGGCCUUCAGCGGGGCCCUGUCCAACCUCAGCGACGUGGUGCAGCUCAUCUUCCUGGUGGACUCCAACCCCUUUCCCUUCGGCUACAUCAGCAACUACACUGUCUCUACCAAGGUGGCCUCCAUGGCGUUCCAGACACAGGCCGGCACCCAGAUCCCCAUUGAGCGGCUGGCCUCAGAGCGUGCCAUCACCGUCAAGGUGCCCAACAACUCAGACUGGGCCACCCUCGGCCACCACAGCCCCACCCGCUCCGUCGUGAUCCAGCCCCAGGCCUCUGUUGGUGCCGUGGUCACCCUGGACAGCAGCAACCCUGCGGCUGGGCUGCACCUGCAGCUCAACUACACGCUGUUGGAUGGUCGCUACCUUUCUGAGGAACCCGAGCCCUACCUGGCAGUCUACUUGCACUCGGAACCCCAGCCCAACCAGCACAACUGCUCAGACAGCAGGAGGAUCCGGCCCGAGUCACUGGAGGGCACCGACCACAGGCCCUACACCUUCUUCAUUGCCCCAGGGAAUGGAGACCCAGCAGGGAGUUACUAUCUGAACCUCACCAGCCACUUCCACUGGUCAGCGCUGGAGGUGUCUGUGGGCGUGUACACGUCCCUGUGCCAGUACUUCAGCGAGGAAGACAUGGCGUGGAGGACAGAGGGGCUGCUGCCCCUGGAGGAGACCUCACCCCAGCAGGCCGUCUGCCUCACCCGCCACCUUACUGCCUUUGGCGCCAGCCUCUUUGUGCCCCCAAGCCGCGUCCACUUCAUGCCUCCCGAGCCAACAGUGGGCGUAAACUACAUUGUCCUGCUGACAUGCGCCGUGUGCCUGGUGACCUACGCGGUCAUGGCUGCCAUCCUGCACAAGCUGGACCAGCUGGAUGCCAGCCGGGGCCGAGCCAUCCCCUUCUGCGGGCAGCGGGGCCGCUUCAAGUACGAGAUCCUCGUCAAGACAGGCUGGGGCCGAGGCUCAGGCACCACAGCCCAUGUGGGAAUCAUGCUGUAUGGGGUGGACAGCCAGAGCGGCCACCGGCACCUGGAUGGUGACAGAGCCUUCCACCGCAACAGCCUGGACAUCUUCCAGAUCGCCACCCCAAACAGCCUGGGCAGCGUGUGGAAAAUCCGAGUGUGGCAUGACAACAAAGGGCUCAGCCCCGCCUGGUUCCUGCAGCACGUCAUCGUUAGGGACCUGCAGACAGCCCGCAGUGCCUUCUUCCUGGUCAAUGACUGGUUGUCAGUGGAGACGGAGGCCAACGGGGGCCUGGUGGAGAAGGAGGUGCUGGCAGCAAGUGACGUAGCUCUGUUGAGCUUCCGGCGCCUGCUGGUGGCUGAGCUGCAGCGAGGCUUCUUCGACAAGCACAUCUGGCUCUCCAUAUGGGACCGGCCACCUCGAAGCCGCUUCACCCGCGUCCAGAGGGCCACCUGCUGCGUCCUUCUCAUCUGCCUCUUCCUGGGCGCCAACGCCGUGUGGUACGGGGCUGUGGGAGACUCUGCCUACAGCACGGGUCAUGUGUCCAGGCUGAGCCCGGUGAGCGUCGACACAGUCGCCAUUGGCCUGGUGUCCAGUGUGGUUGUCUAUCCCGUCUACCUGGCUGUCCUGUUUCUCUUCCGGAUGUCCCGGAGCAAGGUGGCUGCGGGCCCAAGCUCCACACCUGCCGGGCAGCAGGUUCUGGACAUUGACAGCUGCCUGGACUCAUCUGUGCUGGACAGCUCCUUCCUCACUUUCUCCGGCCUCCACGCUGAGCAGACCUUUGCUGGACAGAUGAAGAGUGACUUAUUUCUGGAUGAUUCUAAGAGCCUGGUGUGCUGGCCGUCCAGCGAGGGCACACUCAGUUGGCCGGACCUGCUCAGCGACCCAUCCAUUGUGGGCAGCAACCUGCGGCAGCUGGCUCGGGGCCGGGCGGGCCAUGGGCUGGGCGCAGAGGAGGACAGCCUCUCCCUGGCCAGCCCCUACUCUCCGGCCAAAUCCUUCUCAGCAUCAGAUGAAGACCUGAUCCGGCAGGUGCUUGCCCCCACCCAGGACACCCAAGUGGAAACGGACCUGCUCACCAGCCUGUCCAGCACUCCUGGGGAGAAGACAGAGGCGCUGGUGCUGCAGAGACUGGGGGAGCCGGGGCUCCCCAGCCCGGGCCUGACCUGGGAACAGCCCCAGGCAGCGAGCCUCUCCAGGACAGGUGUGCUUGCACAGGCCCGGGACGCCCCCAGCCCCUCCCUUUGGGCUGCCGGUCACAGGUCUGUCCCUGCCUCCCCAGGACUGGUGGAGGGCCUGCGGAAGCGCCUGCUGCCGGCCUGGUGUGCCUCCCUGGCCCACGGGCUCAGUCUGCUCCUGGCGGCUGUGACUGUGGGAGUCUCAGGGUGGGUGGGUGCCAGCUUCCCCCCUGGUGUGAGUGUCGCAUGGCUCCUAUCCAGCAGCGCCAGCUUCCUGGCCUCGUUCCUCGGCUGGGAGCCACUGAAGGUCCUGCUGGAAGCGUUGUACUUCUCACUGGUGGCCAAGCGGCUGCACCCCGAUGAAGACGACACCCUUGUGGAGAGCCCGGCCGUGACGCCUGUGAACACACGUGUGCCCCGUGUACGGCCCCCCCAUGGCUUUGCACUCUUUCUGGCCAAGGAGGAAGCCCGCAAGGUCAAGAGGCUACACGGCAUGCUACGGAGCUUGCUGGUGUACAUGCUUUUCCUGCUGGUGACGCUGCUGGCCAGCUAUGGGGAUGCCUCGUGCCAUGGACAUGCCUACCGUCUGCAGAGCGCCAUCAAGCAGGAGCUGCACAGCCAGGCCUUCCUGGCCAUCACACGGUCUGAGGAGCUCUGGCCAUGGAUGGCCCACGUGCUGCUGCCCUACGUCCAUGGGAACCAGUCCAGCCCAGAGCUGGGGCCCCCACGGCUGCGCCAGGUGCGGCUGCAGGAAGCACUCUGCCCAGACCCUCCUGGCCCCAGGGUCCACAUGUGCUCGGCCGCGGGAGGCUUCAGCACCAGCGACUACAGCGUUGGCUGGGAGAGUCCUCACAAUGGCUCGGGGACAUGGGCCUACUCAGCUCCGGACCUGCUGGGGGCGUGGUCUUGGGGUUUCUGCGCCGUGUAUGACAGUGGGGGCUACGUACAGGAGCUGGGCCUAAGCCUGGAGGAGAGUCGCGCCCAGCUGCGCUUCCUGCAGCUGCACAACUGGCUGGACAACAGGAGCCGCGCUGUGUUCGUGGAGCUCACACGCUACAGCCCGGCCGUGGGGCUGCACGCCGCCGUCACACUGCGCCUCGAGUUCCCGGCAGCCGGCCGCGCCCUGGCCGCCCUCAGCGUGCGCCCAUUCGCGCUACGCCGCCUCAGCGGGGGCCUCUCGCUGCCUCUGCUCACGUCGGUGUGCCUGCUGCUUUUCGCGCUGCACUUCGCCGUGGCCGAGGCUCGCACUUGGCAUAGGGAGGGGUGCAGGCGCGUGUUGCGGCCCGGGGCCUGGGCGCGGUGGCUGCUGGUGGCGCUAACGGCGGCCACGGCCCUGGUGCGCCUCGCCCAACUGGGCGCUGCCGACCGCCAGUGGACCCGCUUUGUGCGCGGCCGCCCGCGCCACUUCACCAGCUUUGACCAGGUGGCGCAGCUGAGCUCCGCAGCCCGUGGCCUGGCGGCCUCGCUGCUCUUCCUACUCCUGGUCAAGGCUGCCCAGCAGCUACGCUUCGUGCGCCAGUGGUCCGUCUUUGGCAAGACAUUAUGCCGGGCUCUGCCAGAGCUUUUGGGGGCCACCUUGGGCCUGGUGGUGCUCGUGGUAGCCUACGCCCAGCUGGCCAUCCUGCUCGUGACCUCUUGCGUGGACUCCCUCCGGAGUGUGGCCCAGGCACUGUUGGUGCUGUGCCCUGGGACCGGGUUGUCCACCCUGUGUCCAGCUGAGUCCUGCCACCUGUUGCCCCUGCUGUGUAUGGGACUCUGGGCGCUGCGGCUGUGGGGUGCCCUGCGGCUGGGGGCUGUCAUCCUCCGGUGGCGCUACCACGCCCUCCGUGGAGAGCUGUACCGGCCAGCCUGGGAGCCCCAGGAUUACGAAAUGGUGGAGCUGUUCCUGCGCAGGCUGCGCCUCUGGAUGGGCCUCAGCAAGGUCAAGGAGUUCCGCCACAAAGUUCGCUUUGAAGGGAUGGAGCCACUGCCCUCCCGCUCCUCCAGGGGCUCCAAGGUCUCCCCGGAUGUGCCCCCACCCAGUGCUGGCUCCGAUGCAUCGCACCCCUCCACCUCCUCCAGCCAGCUGGAUGGGCUGAGCAUGGGCCUGGGCCGGCUCGGACUGAGGAGUGAGCCUGAGCCUGAGCCCUCCCGCCUCCAAGCCGUGUUUGAGGCCCUGCUCACCCAGUUUGACCGACUCAACCAGGCCACAGAGGAUGUCUAUCAGCUGGAGCAGCAACUACACAGCUUGCAAGGCCGCAGGAGCAGCCGGGCCUCCGCUGCUCCUUCCCGUGGCCCAUCCCUGGGCCUGCGGCCAGCACUGCCCAGCCGCCUUGUCCGGGCCAGUCGGGGUGUGGACCUGGCCACUGGCCCUCCCAGGGCACCACCGUGGGCCAAGAACAAGGUCCACCCCAGCAGCACUUAGGCCCCUUCCCUGGGGUGGGGCCUGUGGAGUCACAGUGGACACCGCUCAGUAUUACCUUCUGCUGCCCUGAACGCCAUGGGCCAGGCAGAAUGGCUGCACACAGGUUCCUCAGGGAGCAGGCAGGGGUGUCUCUCUGUGGGCUUCAGCACUUUAAAGAGGCCGUGUGGCCAGCCAGGACCCAGGGUCCCCUUGCUGACUCCCUGGGGGAGGACACAGCAGUCUUGGGUAGUUGCCAGCCUUUGAAAUGCUAAUUUAUUUCCCCAAGUCCUCAGGUACAGCGGGCUGUGCCCGGCCCCACCCCCGGGGCAGAUGUCGCCCGUGCUAAGGCCGCUGGCUUCAGGGAGGGUUAGCCUGCGCCGCCACCGCCCUGCCCCUAAGUUAUUACCUCUCCCGUUCCUGCUGCAUUCCCGUGCUGUCUGUCUCUCAUGUCAGUAAUUUAUAUGGUGUUAAAAUGUAUUUUUGUAUGUCACUAUUUUCACUGGGGCUGACAGGCCUGGCGGCUGAAACUGGGCCCUAUGCCCAGAGCUGGCCUCCCACAACACCUACCUUGCUUGGUAGGCGUGGCCUGGCUGCGGAAGCCCAGCUGCUGCAUGGAUGCAAGCAUGGCCUUGGGCUGGUGCUGCGGGUACUAUUGUCCCCCUGGCACUUGUCACCACAGAGGCCAUGUCAUCCUCCCUUGCCCCAGGCCAGGCACUGAGAAAGCAGCACCCAGACCUGCUGGCAUCGGGUCUGGGUGAGGAACAGGACUAGGAGUGGUGGUUAGAGGAAAAUACCCCUCCUGGGGGCUGGCUCCCAGGGUGGAGAAAGGUGAGCAUGUGUGUAUGUGAACGUCCUGUGUGGCCCGGGCAGCCCCAGGGCCCUCGGAGCUGGCUGCGCCUGCUUCUGUGUGUGUACCACUUGUGCAGGCAUAGCCGCUGCUACAGCCUCGACCCUCACCAAGCAGACAAAGUCAAUAAAGAGCUGUCUGACUGCA